AUGUGCAAAAGCAAGCCACAACGAUCAAAUAGAAUAUUUGUAAAAUUUGCAUUUCCGAAAGUUCUUAAAUCAAAUUUACAUGAUAUCACUUUUUCAACUGGUUUUUGGAAUAGUCGAUAUUAUCGAUAUGAUCCAUGGUAUGGUCCUCAUCGACUUUUUCUCUCAUUUAAUUCACAAUCGAUGAGAGUAACUGGAUCUGGAGAAGAUGAUAUUGAAGGUUUCUAUUCACAUAGAACUCGUCGAAGUGGUCUCAGAAAAAUAUAUCGAUCAGACAAGUUUAUUGAAUUAACAGAUUUUGAACAUGAAAUUAUAAUUCAACUUAUUUGGAAUGCUACAGAAAAAGAAUUUAAAGGCCAAUGGUAUGACGACACGAAAUUAAACAAAGUAAAAGGUGCCUUUGAACUAACACAUGAUGAUGAACUAAGCCAAUUUGUACUUGAAAAAGUUUGA